AUGUAUGCAUCUAGUCCGCUUUUGAAGCUAUCCAAGUCAGUGGCCUUUGCUGCCUCUAUGGCAUCUCUGAUAUGUGAGUCUUGUUUCAGUCAAGGAAAAGAUUGCAGAAAUGCCACCACUGAGGAGUGUGACGAUUCCAGUGACCAGUCCUGCUUGUCUGCCAGUGGAGUUGGCAAACUGUCACUUUUGGGGUCAAGAGUGGUUCUCAAGUCCUGCAUCGAUACAGAGUUGUGUGAGGAAAACCAUACCAGUGUCUCCAUAACCUCAGCACUGUACAUCCAGAGCAAGUCAACUUGCUGCAAUACAGAUAUGUGCAACAGCGGACCUCCUGAAAUGCCUGAGACUGAGACAAGGGAGCCCAAUGGGCUGAAGUGCCCGAGUUGCAUCAACAUCUUUUCAGAUGAGUGUGAGAGCAAUAAGACCGUCAGCUGCAGAAAUGAUGAGGAUCAAUGCUUCUACCUUGCGGCUAGCAUGGACUUCGGGGGAAGCAGGAUCCUGGGCGCUGUCCGAGGCUGUGCAACAGCUAGUGUGUGUGACUACAUGGAUGGGUUGCUGGAGACUGAUCUUGGAUCAUUGGGAUUUGACAUCAUUCAAACAGACUGCACUGAAGCAAUGGACGAGGAUGCCACAGAAGACACCACCGUUUCGCCUAGGGGUUGA